UUCGAGUUUGCAGAAUUUACAUCGAACCUUGUUUAUCAGUUCAUACACGAGUUUAUCAUAGGUUUGAAUCACGGAAGAAUUGUUAGAAGCAUUGAACGUUUCAUUCGUAAUUACCUUUGAUAACGACCAUUCUCAUUGUUUGGGUAUAAAUUUAUUUACAGUUCGCACAGAUCCAUACGUGUUUUUAUGAAGUCAAGAAUGAGUUCACGAAUAAUAGAACUAUCUUUGUUCAUUGUUAUAGUUGCAGCAAGUGACAAUAAGUAUUGUCAGUUUUCUUGUAAUGGAUCGGCGCAUACUGUAUGUAACAGAGAAAAAGAGAAAUGUGACGCCGGCCCUCUCUGCGGUUCAGAGUUCAAAUACAUCGAAUUAACAGAUGAUGACAGACAAUUUAUUUUGGACCUUCAUAAUAAUUUGAGAAAUGAAAUUGCAUCAGGUCAACACUUAUCACCUCCUGCUGCCAACAUGAAUGCUCUGAGUUACAACAAAGAGCUGGAAUUCAUCGCUCAUUGUUGGGCCAACGCCUGUAAUGGAAAACCUUUGAAACACGAUGUUUGCAGAAGAACAGCUGAAUACAACUAUGUAGGACAAAACUUAGGAUGGUGGAGCAGUACAUCGUCCGAUUUUGAUUUGAGGAGUGGCAUAAAAAAAUCGAUCAUGAACUGGUUUAAUGAAGUGGCAAAUUUCGAUCCCGCUGUCACAAAUUCCUUCGCCUCAGGGAAAAAAACUAUAGGACAUUACACUCAGUUGGUUUGGGCAGAUACGCUAGAAAUAGGCUGUGGCGUUUCAUUCUACAUAAAACAGAGGGAAGGCAGAAGAUGGUAUGACAAAAUACUUGCUUGUAACUACGGACCAGGAGGUAAUUAUUUGGGACAACCGGUAUACAAAAUUGGAAAACCAGCUUCGAAAUGUUCGAAACGCAAACCCAAUAAGAAGUACACAGCGCUCUGUGGGAAAGAUAUACCAUUGAAUCAGACAUUGAGAUUUAAAGAUGAAUUUUUCAACGUGUCGAUAUGAGAAAAGCAGUUGAAUUUUUUGAUUUUUGAGAUAUUCAUUAUUGUACUUCAUGGUAAUAUUGAAAAGACGUAGCACGAACCUAUGUUCCACUUGUUAACACAUUAAAUGCACCUUGUGUGCAUGACACCAAUAAAAAAUUGUAGGAAAUU